CCCACUACUAAACUCUUUCCUAUAUAAUAAACAUGCACUUGGCCAGAACCAUAUAGACAAGACAAUAAUACAUUAGAGCGAAAUAUGGCCUCAAACACUAAGCUCUACUACUGCUGCUCUUCCUCAACCUUCAUACUUCUGCUCCUUUCCAUUUUCAUACAAUGUCAUUCAGGGAAAAGUGAAGUGCUCAAAGUGAAUUAUUACGGUGAAAGUUGCCCAAAAGCAGAAGAAAUCAUAAAGCAAGAGGUGAUCAAAUUGUACAAUGAACAUGGAAACACAGCCGUUUCUUGGGUUAGAAAUCUCUUCCAUGAUUGCAUGGUCAAGUCAUGUGAUGCAUCUCUAUUGCUAGAGACAUUGAAUGGGAUUGAAUCUGAGAAGAGAUCGGGAAGGAGUUUUGGGAUGAGAAACUUCAAAUAUGUAAACACCAUUAAAGCUGCAAUUGAAAAAGAAUGCCCUCUUACUGUUUCUUGUGCUGAUAUCGUUGCUCUUUCUGCUAAAGAUGGCAUUGUCAUGUUAGGAGGACCAAGCAUAGAAAUGAAAACUGGGAGAAAGGACAGUAAAGAAAGCUAUUUGACAAUGGUGGAAGACUCCAUUCCUAAUCAUAACGAUUCCAUUUCUUUAGUGCUUUCACGAUUUCAGUCCAUUGGAAUUGAUAUUGAAGGCACUGUUGCCCUUUUAGGGGCUCAUUCAGUGGGCCGAGUCCAUUGCGUGAACCUGGUCCAUAGAUUGUACCCGACAGUUGAUCCGACUUUAGACCCUAACUAUGCCGAGUAUUUGAUGCGCCGUUGCCCAAGCCCAAAUCCGGAUCCGAACGCGGUGCUAUACUCAAGAAACGACCGCGAAACUCCAAUGAUCCUCGACAACAACUACUUCAAGAACGUUCUAAAACACAAGGGCCUUCUCCUGGUGGAUGAACAACUCACUUCUGAUCCUUCUACUCUGCCUUUCGUCCAGAAAAUGGCUGCCGAUAACGACUACUUCCACGACCAGUUCUCCCGUGCUGUACUACUAUUGUCCGAGAAUAACCCACUUUCCGAUGACCUUGGCGAGAUCAGAAAAGAUUGUCGUUUUGUUAAUAAGUGAAUACAAUAAUGUCUCAAAAUAAUAAAAUAAAUAAUAUCUUUUUAUGUGGCUAAAUUGAAUAUAUAAUAAGAUUUUAUAUUUUAAGUACUUACUAAAUGUAUGUAUUAUGUAUUUUAAUGUUACUUUCCUUCCCAAAAUAUAUAUAUAUUUCAA